UCGACCUCGGUUGCACUGUUCGGAAACGUUUGCGCGUACUCGCGACGUACGCGUCCAACAACACGGCAAUAAUAAUAAUAAUAAUACGUAUUUAAUUAACAAUAAUUACGAUUAAAAUAUUCCGUGUGAUUAUAUUUUCCAUCGCCGUUCUAUCCGUCCGUGGUCUCGUUGUAAAUUUCCCCCUUCCCGCUCCGGUACAACAGUGAACGGUGUGCGUUUGAUUUUAACGGUUAACCUCCGUGUAACACAUACUGCGUGAUGUGGACGACGACGCGCUGGCGAGUGGCAUGAUUAUUUCUUAUCACCGACGGAACAAAUGGUUCGAUUGAUAUCCGGCGAGCAGCCACCGUCGAUAACACCGUUUCCGUGCAUGCCAAUGUGUUAUGAUGCAGUAGCAACUCAGAAAUCUACAAGUAUAGUGAUUCGUUGUUAGCCAUUGAUGCAGUGUCUGUAUUAAAACAUCUUCACCAUGUUGUUUUGUUUUACAAAAAAUAAAAUUCUGUUGCCUGUUCAACUCAAGAAACUUAGCGAGCAUUCAUAUAAGUGUGAAAGUCGUAGUGUUUUAGAUUCGUAUUUGCAACCCUUUUGGAAUUGGCUAGUACUACAAACACCCAUUUGGCUUGCACCAAAUUUAAUUACACUUAUUGGACUUUUAGUAAAUAUAAUCACUACGCUACUUAUUAUACACUACAGUCCAGAUGCUAAUUCAGAAAUUCCUAGGUGGGCAAGUUUUUUGUGUGGUCUUGGUUUAUUUAUUUAUCAAAGUUUAGACGCUAUUGAUGGAAAACAAGCACGUAGAACUGGUUCUUCUUCUCCUUUAGGUGAAUUAUUUGAUCAUGGUUGUGAUUCUAUUUCUACUGUAUUCAUUACAUUAUCAACCUGUGUUUCUGUAAAGUUAGGGGAAUAUCCUUCAUGGAUGUUUUUGCAAAGUUUUUUUGCUGUUGCUUUAUUUUAUCUUGCACAUUGGCAGACAUAUGUUUCUGGUACAUUACGCUUUGGUAGAUUUGAUGUUACAGAAACACAAAUAUCUAUUAUAUUUGUCCAUAUAAUGUCUGCUGUGUUUGGUACAAGUAUAUGGGAUAUUGUAAUUCCUCCUUUUAAUAUCAAGCUCAAGUUUAUAUUAUUACUUAUGACAUUAUCUAUUUCGUUAUAUUUAGCCAAAUCAAAUUUAACUGUUAUUCUAACUGGUGGUGUUGGCAAAAAUGGUUCUUCAGUGGCCGGAACCAGUGUUUUAUCUCCCGCUAUUCCUCUGAUCUUAGUAGUCCUACCUGCAUAUAUAAUUAGCUGCAAAAGUACUGAAAACAUCUAUGAGACUCACCCUGUACUAUACAUAAUGGCAUUUGGUGUAGUUACUGCUAAAAUAACAAAUAAACUUGUGAUUGCCCAUAUGACUAAAAGUCCAAUUGAAUAUGUUGAUUCCACGCUUAUUGGUCCAGCUAUGUUAUUUUUAAAUCAAUAUUUUAAUUCUGUUUUACCAGAAUACUAUGUACUGUGUGUUUGCUUGGCGUGGACCAUAAUUGAUCUAACAGUUUAUUCAAUAUUUGUUUGCAAAGAAAUAUGUGAUCAUUUACGUGUUUACUUAUUCUAUAUAACUACGACAAUGUCAAUCGCAAAACCGGGUACAUCUAAUAAAAUGUCUAGUUCGAGUAGUAAAAAUGGUAGCAACAAUUCAAGUGGCUUGUACCAACAUCAAUUUAAAUACCCAUCAACUAUGACUAGUUUUAUAUAUCCAUCUAAAACGAAAACAAAAUAAUAAUAUAAUAAAGUUAAUUGUAGUCUGAAUCAUUGUUAAUCUCAAGUCAACGAUUCAUAAUCAAUACCCAAAUAUUGAAGUAUGUUCGUUGAUAUUUUUUUUAAUAUUAUAUUUGUUAUAUAUAUUUGGCUGAGGUAACUAUGUACAUUGGAAAGAAUGAAAUUUACUAUUGCCAAAUUUUAUGAAUAUAUUAACAAACUACUAUUUGUUAUUUUUUGUCAAAUUAAAUUUUGUGUUGUAAUUUUAGCAUGUUCUUAUAUGUGGUUUGAUGUAAUAAAAAAUGGUCAUGAAAUGUA